AUGUACGGUGGAAUGGAAAGCUAUCAUCACAUGUGUCGCUUCUACUCGGGAUUCUUCUACAAGCAUCCUUUGCUGGACAAGUACAAGUGGUACUGGCGCGUGGAGCCCGAGAUCUCCUAUUUCUGCGACAUGACUUACGAUCCGUUCAUCGAAAUGGAACGCGCGAACAAGACAUACGGAUUCACGAUUGCGGUGAAGGAGCUCAAAGAAACCGUCCCAAACAUCUUCCGAUAUGCUUCUGCAUACAAGAGAAAGAACAAUCUGAAAUCAAAGGGCCUCUGGGAGAUGUUCUUAGAGCCACAACCGGAAGGGAAAGAGAAGAAAGAAAGCGACGACAGGAAGAAGACACUGCCGAACGAGAUCCUAGAGACGGAGCGAGGCCAUCAGAAUAUAGAGGAGAUUGACCCGGAAGCCAUGGAGGGCGAAAAGUACAACAUGUGCCACUUCUGGAGUAAUUUUGAGAUUGCCAGACUGGACUGGUUCCGGAGUAAGGAGUACAAUGAGUUCUUUGAGAUGAUGGACCGAAGUGGUGGUUUCUGGAUGGAAAGGUGGGGUGACGCACCCAUCCAUUCACUCGCUGCCGGCGCACUGUUGGGUGUCAAGGACGUUCAUUACUUCCGUGAUUUUGGAUAUCGGCAUACGACAAUUCAGCAUUGUCCAGCAAAUGCACCCACCCGACAAUUGCCAAGAAUACCAUAUCUCGAAAAGACCACCGAUGAUCCAAAGGAGCGUGCAGAGGAAGAUGAGUACUGGGCAACACCCGAUACUCCGAAAGAGAACGGCGUUGGCUGCCGGUGCAGAUGUGAUACAGACAUCCGCGACGUGGAGGGCAAGGAAGGCAGCUGCAUGAACGAAUGGGUCGAAGUUGCUGGAGGAUGGGCGAGCCCCUGA